AACCCUAAAAUCACCAAAACCUCACUAACUGUUUUUGCAAUGGAAGAAGGAAGCUCAGCCUCCGAGGAUCAAGUUAUGGUGGAGGAAGACUAUGAGAGUGAGGUUAUGGGAGAAGAAUUGCCGAAAGUUGAGCUUAAGGAGAAUCAUGAAGCGAAACUGAAAGAACUAUUGCAUAAGAUUACUUCUAAUGAGAUUAAAUUAUGCGCUGCCGGUGUGAAAGAGUUUAUAAAGUUGCUGAAAGGUGAUUCUGGAGGUGAAUUGCUGUAUUACUAUGUGCAAAAUUCAGCUCAGUGCUCGGAGCUUCUGGGUGCGUGGAAUCUCCGGCGAGGGAAGCCGGGGAUGUUUUAUAUACUGAAGUUGAUUUCUGUUGUUUUGAGUCAUCCUGAUGGGGUUUAUGAAGCAAAUGAUAUGGGGAGGUUGGGGGUGAGUAGGGUGUUGGACAAGUUUGCGCGGUCGAUUAUUGAGCAACAGUUGGGAGAUGUGCAUAAGGAGUUGAAGAGUAGUGAAGCUAAGCGCCAGAAGGCGGCGCUUUUGCUUUUGGCUUCGAUUGUGAGGCGUGGAUCGGUGUUGGCGUCUGAGGUUGAAAAGAAGUUUGAUUUCAAGCUGCAGGGGUUUUGCAAGUUGGGGGAGUAUAAAAUGAGGCCAAAUGAGAAGAGGAGGAAGCUGUCGUUGAGGAAGUUGUUUGUUGGGUUUGCAAUGUCGUUUCUGGAGGUGGGAGCGCCGGGAUUGUUGAGGUCGGUUAUACGGCAGAAGGAAAUGUAUUCUUGUGUCCUCCGCUGGCUGGGGAAUGAUGAUGAGGAGACGGUUAUAUAUGUUCUGUCCACAUUGCAGAACAGGAUACUUGUUGAGGGUUCAUCGGUUCCCCCUGCCCUUCGGAGUGUUCUGUUUGGGAGUGGUACUUUAGAACAAUUAGCCAAUAUUUCUGGAAGGGAGAAUGGUGGAGCUUCUGCAGAAUUGGCAUACAGGGUCUUGGUUAUGGUUUGCACCGAUCCAUCUAAUGGCCUAAUGGCAGAUCCAAAGAGACACCUGAAGGGCAAUUUAAAGCGGCAAAUAGACCUAAUGAAGAAGCUUAAGGCGACCGAGAUUGGCUAUCACAGGGAUCUGCUUUUGGCUGUUGUUAGUGGGAGACCGUCUCUUGGUGCAGCAUACAUGGAAGAGUUCCCUUACAAUCUUGAAGAUUAUGCAUCACCCAAAUGGUUUUCUGUUGUUACUCUAGCAGCAAACUUGGUUUCCUCUGUGGGUAGCGGGCUCCCAGCCUUGUUUGACAAUGUUGAUGUGCAGGAUGUCAUGAAAUGCUUGUAUCCUCGCCAGUUCAACCGCUCCAUGAUCAAUAAAGGGUUGCUUCACUCUGAUUUUCUAGUGAAGCAUGGAACUUUAAGGCAUCUUUUAGAGGCACUCAAGUUGUUAGAUUCCUUCCUUGGUGUUUUAAACUGUAGAGACCAACAUGUUUCGGAAUCUCUCAAGCAAGAAUUUCAAAAUGAAGUUCAAAGCUUGCUCCCAGAUCCUCAACUUUUUAAGACUCUACUCUCUUCUAUGAGUAGCAACUCAAGAAAGAGGACAGCGGAUCUGGAGAAGUUCCCAGAACAUAGCCCGAAGAAUGUGAAAAAAUUGAAAACAGAUUUUGGAAACAAGGACUCAGAUAUUGUUGUAGGCGGAAUAAGUUUUGGUCCAGAUACAUCCGAAAAUGAAGAUAGUCUUGUGAAUGUUAUGGCAGAUCUUUGGGGUUUCGAUCCUUGCUCCACACCUAUUACUGCACUCAAGGAUGCAGACUUAUAUUUCUACUGUAGGGUGCUCGAUGCUUUCAAAAUAUAUCUUCAGAUAAUGCCCACUGGCUUGGAGGGCUCAUUUGAGUUCCUUAUGAAGCUCCUAAGCAGUCCUUUAGCAUUACAAAAUAAUCUGCAGUGCUCUCUUUUGUCUUUGCUAAUAGAAUACAUUGGAUGGUCUCCAAGGAAUAGAACACGAAUUAAGACUCCACCCUUGAUGUACAAACAUCUACAGACAUUGAUGAAGUUGCUGAUUUUUUCACCACUCAGUGACAUAAAAGAUCAAGCAUACUGUCUCACACAAGCAGCUAUGUUAAGUACUGGUGCUUUUGACAGAAACCAACAUGAAAUUGCAUCAUGGUUCUUGUUUAUACCGGGUUUUGAUAGAGGAAAAUCUUCGGUUGAAGUCCUGGGGGUGGGAGUAUUACAAAGCUUGGCUAAUGCUGUCAUCUCAUUCUUAUCUGAUGCCGUUUCUACUACAGGGAAGAAUUUCUUCAAGCAUUGGGAUCUUAUUGUUAAGCGUGAUAACUACCAUUUGGAAACUGUUAAAGCUGGAGAUGUGUCACCUCAGGCCCCUCUAAUCUUACGGGUACUGCAGAAUUGUCUGAGAUUGCUUGAUUCUGGAUCUGGGACUUUUACGUUACCUGAGAAGACAAUGAUAUCUACCUACGUGUGCAAUACACUGAAAUAUAUCUUGAAAACUCAGGUUGAUGCACGGUUUCUAUCUUCUAUGAUUUGCUCACUCUUGGUUGAGAGACUUGGUGACUGUUCUGCCACUCAUCAGUCUAGGGGCAACUGUGAAUGGAGGCCGUUGAACAGUUUAUUUUUGUUUUCCCAGAGUAUAUCUGACCGUGAAAUUUGUUGCAUUUCUUCUAUUGACAAUAAGGCUAAGCCUUCUGGUAGUUCUUUUGCACUAGCACUUGAGGAAGUUGGAAGACUUGCAAGAGGUGGGAGUGAUGGUGAAUUAGCUGGAAUAACCAAAGCCUUCUUCUCCUCAUUUAUCUGUACAACGCCUGAUGAAAUAUUAGCAAACUUUCCAUCAGUUAUGGCAAUUUCACAAUGCCUUCUUGGUCUUCCAUUCACUCUCUUUUCAUCAAUUUUCUUUCUUGAACCCACCCUUCUCCCCAGAGUUUCUAAGUUUUGGCCUGAAGUUUUUUUUCCUGGGCUUAGUAUGGCUCUAACCAAUAUCUGUUGCAAAGGAGGAAUAGAAAUUGCCUGUGGAUCUCCUGAUCAUGCUUCUUAUACAGGAGAAGCAAUAUGUAACCAAAAUUGUGGUGCAAAUGAAGCUGCUGCUACUGCCUUCAGUUUAUUUUUUAUGAAGGCACCUUUCCAUGUUUUGUUCCCUGCCAUUAUGUGCAUUGACGGUCCUUAUUCGUUAGAGCCCUCAAAGAUACAAGACCUGCUUUUGGCUAAACUAUCAGACUGUGCAACUGAUUACGACCUUAUUUCCUAUUUGCGCCUUGUGUUAUUUUGGCUUUAUCAGAUACGGUCGUCUUGUACAGUUGAACAAUUAGUCGGUUUCCAACAACUUUCUGAGAUUUGCUCAGUUCUGGUGAAGAACUUAUUAUCUCAACUAUUGGUGGCUGAUUCUGAUUCCCUCAGAACCUCCAGUGUAAAUCUAUCAAGUCAUGAUAUUCAAAAGGUGGCUGAAACUAUCUUUUAUCAUCCUGCAAUAACUACAUCGUUAUCCUGCCCUUUGGAGUGUAGCGAAGACUUACCAGAGGGUAACCUACCAGACAAUGUGGAUGCUCUCAUCAAUUUAUCGAGGGGGAAAGUUCAUAGAUUAGACCAUCAUGCCUUGGAUAUAUUGGCAACAACUUGCAAGUACUUGUUUUCUCUGUGCAAUGACAACCAAUUUACACUUGAAGUAGAAGAUGGGGAUGCUACAAAGUUUGUGAAAGCAUUCAACGUCUUGGUUCAUAAGCUCUUUCAGGAAGUCAAGGUUAAAUUUGAUCACAGCAUUAGAAGUAACAAUUGUAUGGCUUUCCUCCCAACAUUUUAUGCUUUGCAUGCUUUGAGUGGUUUUAUAUCUCCAUUUGAGCUUCUUGAAUUAGUGCGUUGGAUGUUUAGUAGAGUUGAUGUGGAUGGCAACCAGAAAUCUGCUAUUUGUUUUGGAUCUUGUAUUGCUGGUGGUGCAUUUAGAAAUCUAUCUAAUUAUUUGCAGCAGCCAAAUACAAAGAGAAAGGCAUUUGAUUUGUUUUGGACGAUGGAAGAAAACAAUAUUAAUAGCUACAUUGUUGAAGAAAUCUAUAUUAAGAUAUCAAAGCUUGCCUUUCUUUUGGAAUCAGAAGUUGUAGAUCAUUGCUUGCUGGAAGCUAUGAAUGUGGUAUACAGGCAGAAAUGUAUGCAAAAGUGUAAUUUUCAUCCAUUAAUAAUAGUGAUGUCGAGAGUUAUAGCAACCACUCCAAUAGAAAUGCUUUCCCAUUGCAUUUACAGAACAAGCAAGACGAAAGCUAGAUUGUUGUCUCUUCUUAUUGAUCUGAGCUCUAUGCAUUUGUCUACCUUUGGGCACUUACUUUUUGGUACUCUAGAUACUAGUUGUCUACAUAAUGGCAAUGUGACAUCUGACCUAGCCCUUUCAGAUCACGACUAUAUGAUGCUUCUGCCUUCUGCUGUGUCCUACAUGAAUUCAGUUUUAAUGAAAUUUGGAGAGCCGUGCUACAGGCAUUUUAGAAAUAUUCCUUCCUUUUAUUCAAAGAUUAUUUUGGAUGGUCUCCUUCAUUGGAAGAAUUUUGUUUCUCGUGAUGUGUUUCAUGAAGAUUUUGGAGAGGUUUUGCCGUCAUCUGCUGAAGAAGUUCUUAACCUCAUUAAUGGUAGUCUUCUUGGCAAAGCGAUUUGUAUGCUGCGCUAUCACUAUGCUUUGAAUGCAGAUUCAGUAGAAAGGAAAGACCGAUUAAAGCAUUUCAGUUCCAUUUUCCCAGCUUCUGUGGGACACAAGGAGCUGAUAGACUGGGAUGUUGGUGGAUUGGGUUCUCACUCUUUCAAUGAAACAUUAAACCUUGUAAAUAAAAUUCAUGCAAAGGUCUCGUUUUGUAGGAUGCUGUUAUUCCCCAAAGAUACUCAGGUUCACUCUCUUUCAAUUGAAGCCAGUGGGAACCUGAAAGACGUUCCUCUGGACAUGGAAGAUAACAAAGGUAACUCCUCACAAAUGCAGUUUUUGAACAUCUUGGUGGAUAUGUGGCAAUGCAUUGUUAAAACAGUCCCUUCAGUCUUUCAUAGUUCUCAAAAGGGACACAGCACAGAUAGUUCUUCAUUGUGGAGAUACCUGGAAGUUCUGAUAUUGAAAAGCAUUUUUGAAGUGUCUAGAGAGAUGCAUGACAGUCUAAUCAGAGUACAAUCUAUACCCUUCCUAGAGAAAUUGAUGAAACCAGCUCUUCUGCAUAGGUUUGACGAUCCAACAACUUUGCAAAUGCUGCGCGAUCUUUUGACUUUUCUAUCUGGGGGGAAAUUUUCGCGUGUUCCCUAUCUUCAGCUUUUACUUGCACACUCUCAAUUUGUGCCUACUAUUCGUUCACUAUCCAAACCAUCACAUUCUUCCCAUGUGGGUGCCUUUUCUAGGCCUAUGUCUAGCAUUCUUAGAUCACCUGUUUCCCUUACCUCAAAACAAAAUGUAGAUGAUGGGGAAUGCGAUCUAGAAACAUCUGAGCUGUACGUUAAACAGUUGGAGGUUAUCAUAUUACUGCGGACACUCCUUCCUUUCAGGUUUCAACAGGAUGGUUUUGACUUUGGAAAAGAUUUAGGCAUUGAUCUUAGGGAAGUUCAUUUACUACUUUUGUCUUCUUAUGGUGCAACACUUUCUGAAAUUGAUGUGGAGAUAUACAAUCUGAUGCGCACAAUUGAGUGUAUUGAUGGUUUGGAGCAUGGCCGAUUUGCUGGAAUGGAUUACCUUUGGGGCAGUGCUGCGUUGAAGAUAGAAAAGGAACGGAAUCUGGAGCAGAGUUUGUCUUAUGAUACAAUUAAUGAUGCUGAAGCAGUAAAAGAACACCGUAGAAAUCAAGUUAGAGAAAAUCUUGCGAUUGACCCCAAAAUAUGCGCGUCCACUUUGCUAUAUUUUCCCUACCAUAUAGUGGCAUCUGAUGAGCUAUUAUCCUUGAACAAGUUUCAAACAGAUCCUGUUGAUCAUAUGCAUGUGUUAUGCUCCCCCGAUGUUGACGCUAAAGAAAGAUAUAAUCCUAUUUUCAUCUUGCGCUUCUCUAUUCAUUGUCUUUCAGAAGGUUACAUUGAACCCUUGGAGUUUGCUGGUUUAGGCUUACUUGCUAUUGCCUUUAUGAGUAUUUCAUCACCUAAUGACAAGAUGAGAAGUUUGGGUUAUGAAACUCUUGAAACAUUGCAGGACAAGUUGAAGACAUGUCAAAAGAAGAAGGGUGUCGCGCAAAUUAAGCUUCUGUUGCUUUAUGUGGAAAAUGGUAUACAACAAAUAGGGCAGAGAAUCUCUUCUGUAAAUGCUAUUUUUGCUGCAGAGACAUCCCUCAUAUUAUUAGAUACUUCACAUGAACAUUAUGCAACUUUACUAACGCUAUUGAAGAGAUCGUCUGCAUUGAACACGAAGAAUGUACCUUUCUUUAGCAAUUUUUUCUGGAGUUCCUCUAUUAACUUCAGAUCAGAAAGGUUGUGGAUACUGCGGUUAUUAUAUGUGGGGCUGAACUUUGACGAUGAUGCACAUGUUUAUAUCAAGAAUUCCAUUCUUGAGACUCUGUUGAGUUUCUAUGUUUCUCCCCUUUCAGAUAAGGAGUCCAAGGAACUAAUUCUUCAGGUAGUGAAGAAGUCAGUUAAAUUGCAUAAGUUGGCUCGUCAUCUAGUUGAAAAAUGUGGUCUGUUUCCAUGGUUAUCAUCUCUUCUCUCGAUAUCCAGUGAAAGUCGUCUUGAAGAUGAAACUUUGUGCUUGUUGCAGUUGAGUGUGGUAUCAGAGGUGGUCAAUGAUGUUGUUUCUUCAAGAAACAUUACUGAAUGGUUGCAGAACAUUGCCCUCGAGCAGCUCAUGGAGUUCACAUCUCAUCUCUACAAAUUUCUUGCGACUGAUGUGACUUUGAUAACAGAUAAUGUUGCAGUCGUCAAUCAAAUUCUUAAAACAAUAAUAUCUACAUUCAAGGUAUCCCAAAAGAGGACGAUAUAUCAGCCACAUUUUGUUGUAUCAUUCGACGGUUUAUAUAAAAUAUAUAAGGCGGUCAAGGUCUACAAUGAUGCAAGAUCAUGUGGUACUGUAGAGUUUGGCCUUAAAGCCAUUCUUAUGAGCGCCCCUCCAGCUUCCAUCUUUUAUGUGAGUGGUGAAAAGCUGUCAAGUUUUAUCAUGUGGGCAAUUUCCAGUGCUGUAGAAACAGACUCUGCAACUAUGCUUCAUUCCAAUGAAUCUCGUCAAUGUUUCACUACUAUUCCAGAGGAAAAGGAGGUGUAUAAGAAUUCUUUGAUUUCAAAACUAUUGCGUUGGCUAACUGCAACUGUAAUUCUUGGGAAGCUUGACUGGACAUCCAGUGACGUGGAUCCUGAGUUCUCGAAAAGUUUGAAUUUAAAAAGUUUGCAGUCUUUAAUAACUCAUGCUGACAAGGCAUGUGGAGAAAGGGGCCGAAACGGAUAUGGUUGUGAAGAGAUCUUGGCAUCAGCAAUUCUCUACCUUCAACAGCUCUCUGGAACAAAUUACGAAAUGCUACCAUCUGUUACUGCCGCCCUUAGUCUUCUCCUUUCCAAUGCCUCCAUUUAUGCAGGUUUCUUGCAUGAUAAUGAAACUGUCCAAUCACUUUGGCGGAAGAUACGUUGCCCUAAUGAAGCUAAUCCUGCCUGGAGAUGGUCAUUUGACCAGGCAUGGAAGGAUGCGAUGUUGGAAGUCACUGAUUCCCAGAAGAUGGAGGAACUCCAUGCUUGUGAAUCACUUUUUGUUAUAUUUUCAAAUCUGCUUGGAAAACAAUCAUCAGAAUUGCAGGUUUCAUCAACACAGGAUAUAGAUAGAUUUGGUGUAUUUGAGUGGGAAAAAAGUAUCAUAACAUCUCAGAAAUGCUAGACGGAAAGAAGCCAAAGGUUCAUUUGACAUAUUCGGUCCAAUGUAAUCACCAAUCAUAUAUGUACAGUUUAAAAAGUUGUAGCAAACAAUAUGAUUCCUUUGUAAAGCAAUUGUCUUCAGUUUUUCUCCUA